UUUAUUGAUCUAAUCCAACGUUUGGGAGUGGCUUAUCAUUUUGAAAGUGAGAUCGAUGAAAUGUUGCAUCAAUUUUAUGAUCGAAGUGAUGAUCAAGACAUAGAUGUUCAUGACCUUCAAAUGGUCGCUCUCCGAUUUCGAUUGCUUAGACAGCAAGGACAUAAUAUUUCAAGUG